AAACCAUCAAAACAAAACAAAAUAAAAACUGAAUUUUGCAAACAAUCCACUUCAUCUCAAACCUUAAAUUCAUCAAACCCAUCUUCAAAUAUUCAUUUCCAUUGAUUUAUUUUCUUUGUAACAAUUAAGGUUCGGUCUCUGGUACCACAACAAUGCCGGAGAUCGAACGAGCGUCACCGGAUGUAGCAGCGGUAACAUCUAUUUUUGGAAAAUAUGAAUUAGGAAGAGUUGUUGGUUGUGGCGCUUUCGCGAAAGUGUAUUAUGCACGUAAUGUUCAAACGGGGCAAAGCGUGGCUGUGAAGAUAAUCAACAAAAAGAAACUCAAAGGCACAGGUCUAGCCGAAAAUGUGAAACUCGAAAUCAUAAUCAUGAGUCGUCUUCAUCAUCCUCAUAUUGUUCGUCUUCACGAAGUUCUUGCCACCAAGACGAAAAUCUAUUUUGUUAUGGAUUUUGUUCGUGGUGGCGAGCUUUUCGCGAAGAUAUCAAAGGGUAGGUUUAGCGAAGAUCUUAGCCGGAGAUAUUUUCAUCAAUUAAUCUCGGCUGUUGGUUAUUGUCAUUCACGAGGGGUUUUUCAUCGGGAUCUUAAGCCGGAGAAUUUGUUAUUAGAUGAAAAUGGGAAUUUAAAAGUUUCGGAUUUCGGGUUAAGUGCAGUCACAAAUCAGAUCCGAUCCGAUGGAUUGCUUCAUACUCUUUGUGGAACCCCUGCUUACGUGGCACCUGAGGUUCUUGCUAAGCGAGGAUAUGAUGGUGCCAAAGUUGAUGUUUGGUCAUGUGGCGUUGUUUUGUUUGUCCUUGCGGCGGGAUAUCUUCCUUUUAAUGAUCAAAAUUUAAUGGUUAUGUAUCGGAAAAUUUAUAAAGGUGAAUACAAGUGUCCACGUUGGAUGUCGCCGGGUCUCCAAAGAUUUUUGUCAAAAUUACUUGAUACAAACCCGGAAACCCGGAUCACAAUUGAUGGUAUGACCCGGGAUCCAUGGUUUAGAAAAGGGUACAAGGAGAUAAAAUUUCAUGAGGAAGAUUAUGGAUAUGGGCAUGGGUUUGGGUUCAAGUGUAGAUGUGAUGGAUCAAAGGUAUUGAAUUUGAAUGCGUUUGAUAUUAUAUCAUUUUCUUCCGGUUUGAAUUUAUCUGGAUUGUUCGGGAAAUUUGAUGGGUCAGAGCGGUUUGUUGUAAGGGAGUCGCCGAAGAGGAUUUUAAAGGUGGUGAAGAAAAUAGGAGUGGCAGAGGGAAUGGCGUUGAGGUGGAAGAAAGAAUGUGGGGUAGAGUUGGAAGAGUUGAAUGGUAAAUUUGGAAUUGAGAUUGAGGUUUAUCGGUUAACGGAGAAGGUGGCGAUGGUUGAGGUACGGAGGAGAGGAAAUAAUGCGGCGACUUUUAGUGAUUUGUGGAAUAAUAAGCUUAAACCUCAGUUGCUACUAUGUGGUGCAACGACAUCACAUUUAGAUGAACGUGAACCUGAAUCAUCACAUUCGAAUGAACGUGAACCUGAAUAAAAAUUGGCUUAAAUUCAAAAUUUUAAACUCAAAAUCCAAAAUUGUACAAAGUUUAGAAGAAGAAAAAAAAUGAAGAUUGGUGGGUAGGAUCUUUGUCCUUCAGACAUUGAUUGAACUGGAAUGCGAAU